GGGGGAGUGGAACCGGAAGCGGAAACGCGCGGGGAGGCGAUGCGGUGGCUGAGGUGGCAGCGGUGGGAGCGCGCCCCAGUGGGAGCCGCUCUCUGUCCCCGUGACCCCAGCACUGAGCUCUGGGCUGCCCUGACGGCUGGUGACCGAGCCCUGGGGCCGCUGAAGGAGCCCUGGGGUCGCUGCUCGUGCCCGCUGCCCCGUAGGGCCCGCUCCGCCAUGCCACUCCCUGGCCCCGCGAGCCCAGCCCGAGCGUAGCCGCUCCGCGGCGUCCCGAGCGGCCCCGCCAUGCGCCUGGCUGCGGUGCUGGCCGCGCUGCGGCCCGCGCUGCCGCUGCUGCUGGGGCUCUCGCUCGGCUGCAGCCUCAGCCUGCUCCGCGCCUCCUGGAGCCACGGCGGCGCAGAGGAGCCGUGCGGGGCGGCGACGGGGCGGAACCGGGCCCCCGAGGCGGCAGGAGGGGGGCCGGGCCCGGGCCGCGAGGAGUUCCGGCCCAGGAUCGUUCCCUACUAUAGGGAUCCCAGCAAAACCCACAAAAAGGUGCUCAGAACUCGCUACAUCCAGACGGAGCUAGGGUUCCAUGAGCGGCUCUUUGUGGCUGUGCUGACCUCCAGAGCAACGCUGAACACGCUGGCGGUGGCAGUGAACAAGACGGUAGCCCACCACUUCCCACGGCUGCUGUACUUCACAGGGCUGCGGAGCGCCAAGUUGCCACCCGGUAUGGCACUGGUGGCCCACGGGGACGAGCGUCCCACCUGGCUGAUGUAUGAGACUGUGCGCUACAUCCACCAGCACUUUGGCUCAGACUAUGACUGGUUCUACAUCAUGCAGGAUGACACCUACGCGCAGGCAGAGCAGGUCCGGGCACUGGUCACGCACCUUAGCAUCAACCAGGAUGUCUACCUGGGGCGAGCUGAGGAGUUCAUCGCAGGAGAUGAGCAGGCCCGCUACUGCCACGGUGGCUUCGGAUAUCUGCUGUCCCGCAGCUUGCUGCUGAAGCUUCGUCCACAUCUGGACAGCUGUCGCAAUGAGAUCCUCAGCGUGCGGCCAGACGAGUGGCUGGGACGCUGCAUCAUCGAUUUCCUUGGCAUCACGUGUGUUUCCCAGCUCCAGGGCCAGCAUUAUCGCACCUAUGAACUGGCCAAAAACACGGAGCCAGAGAAGGAAGAGGAGGAGGAGUUCCAGGCAGCACUAGCUGUGCACCCUGUGUCUGACGUGUCCCUGAUGUACCGGCUGCACAAGCGAUUCAGCAGGAUCCAGCUGGACAGGGCCUACCGGGAGAUCCAGGACCUUCAGAUGCAGAUCCAGAACCUGACAUCGCUGACCCCUGCGGGUGAGGCUGGCUUGACAUGGCCCGUGGGCAUCAACGCCCCAUUCCUUCCCAAGUCUCGUUUUGAGGUCAUCAGCUGGGACUACUUCACAGAGCAGCACCUCUUCUCCUGCCCCGAUGGCUCCCCGAAGUGUGAGCUCUCAGGAGCCAGCAAAGCUGACGUGGGUGAGAUCAUCGAGUCAGCGCUGGAGCAGCUCAACAGUCGCUACCAGCCGCUGCUCCGCUUCAGCAAGCGGCAGCUCCUGAAUGGCUACCGGCGCUUUGACCCAACUCGAGGCAUGGAAUACACGCUGGACCUGCUGCUGGAGGCAGUGACACAGAAGGGCCACAGCCACAUCCUGGCCAAACGCGUGAGCCUGGUGCGGCCCCUAAGUAAGGUGGAAAUCAUUCCCAUGCCGUACGUGACAGAGGCCACACGGGUGCAACUGGUGCUUCCCUUGACAGUCCAGGACCUGGAUUUUGUGGCCAACUUCCUGGAUAUGUUUGCUAUGAAUGCACUGGACACACAUGACAAUGCCUUGCUGACUUUGCUGUUAAUCUACCACCCCUAUGAUGCCCAGCGCGUUAGCCAGGUCGACGUCUUUGCUGGAGUCAAAGCUAUGGUAGGAGAACUGGAGAAGCGUUACGCAGACGUUAAAAUCCCCUGGAUCAGCGUGAAAACUGAGGUGCCAUCACAGGUGAAACUCAUGGAUAUCGUCUCCAAGAAGCAUCCAGUGGACACACUGUUCUUCCUGGCCAGUGUCUGGACAGAGAUCAACAUGGAGUUCCUGAACCGCUGCCGCAUGAACGCGAUCAGCAACUGGCAGGUCUUCUUCCCCGUUCAUUUCCAGGAGUUCAACCCUGCCCUAGUGUAUCGUGGUGAGCAGACGGCUUCCUCCAGCACUGACUUCCUGAGGGAUGGGCAUUUCGACAGGCACUCCUUCGCUGAGGCCUGCUUUUACAACUCUGACUACAUGACAGCUCGUACCAAGCUGGCAGCCGAUAUCCUGGACCGGGAUGAGGUGCUGGAGAGCAUGGAGGUGUUUGAUGUCUUCCUGCAUUACUCUGGGCUGCACCUCUUUCGGGCUGUGGAGCCGGGGCUGGUGCAGAAAUACGCCCUGCGGAGCUGCAACCCACGGCUCAGUGAAGAGCUGUACCACCGCUGUGUGCUCAGCAACUUGGAGGGUCUUGCCUCUCGCUCCCAUUUAGCCAUGGCCCUCUUCGAGCAGGAACAGGCCAACAGCACAUGAGAGACUGGGAACACCGCGAGCUGCUCAGCACCUUAACACUUGGCACUUUCCGUCCGCUUCCCAGCCCUGCUGUGCAUGAGAGGGAGGAGAGAGGCUUUCCCAGCCCUGUCCUGCAGCACAGGCACGGGCUACAGAGAGGCUGUUUCUGGGGGGUGGGGUGUUGUUUGUUUUUUAAAUAAAUAAAGGUUUAUUUC